AUGUACUGUCUUCUGUUUGCUCAGGCUCUCGGUUCACUCUGCUCACUUGUUCUGCUCACGGCGAAUGGCCCGACAAGAGUGCUGAAACCUUUGCAUCAACCGCUUAGAUUUUGGGGUUGCCGGGAGCCCAAAGCAACCCCCCAAUCUCGAGCUGAGAAGGGGGCGUUGCCGGGCAGCGAAUUUCAAGUCGAGGGCGUGAUCAUGGUUGCCUGUCACAAUCGCAACUCGGACCUUCAGCGUGCUCUUUGGGUGUUUCUGAGGGACCUCGGGUUCUCGUUUCCAGAAACGGCGGUGGGGCUCACACGCGCCCUGCACAGCGUACUGCCGAUGACAAACUCGGACAGUGAUGAAGCGGGUGAGUCAGAGGAUGAGACCGCCGAUGAGGGCAUUGACGAUGACCUGUAA